UGAUCCAUAACGUAUUCAUAUACGAUCGCGACGCCGUCGAUUACCGCAGUUUUAAGUAUAAUAUCUGUCCUUAUAUUGUUCAAUUGUGUUUAUCGAAAGUCGAGACAUUCAAAAAUCAAAAUGAACUCUUUCGGCCUUAUCACAUUGGUGGCAUUGUCAGCAGCGCUGUCGUGUUCGGCUUACUACUACAGAACCUUGUCACCGAUAACGCUUUGCUUGAAGAACGACUUCUCGUGGUGUACCAACGUAACGUACCCUAAUGGAUGUGUGAACAUGAACACGGUGGUCAUGAAUAACACCGGAAAUGCCGAAAAUAUCACCACCACCAGUUAUGUGACCGCAUUCAAGACUAUCGAGGCAAUAAUAAUGGUCGACAUCGACAGCACUGAGGAAAAAUGCAUCGUACUGUAUGACACGUACAACUGCCAGGGCCAAAGUAUAGUGCUCAAUGGUUCCAAACACCCAUCGGCAAGACUCGAGGAUUUCGGUUUCUCCAAUCGGGCAGAGUCCUAUAGACAAUGCACUGAUCGGGUGCUCACCUAUCUCCGGGACAACCAAAAUUAGAAUAACGGUAUUACGAACAACGGCCAUUCACGUAAUUUUUUCAUGAUUUGUGAUACUAAAAAAUAUUAUAUACACCCAGUAUAAUUACUUAUCGUCAUUUAUGUUAAAA